AUGGACGAGGAAUAUGAGUAUGAAUAUGGCCCAGAGACAGAGGUGAGAGGCCACCUUCUAUCUCAACCUGGACUUGAGCUCGCAUCACGGCGCAUUACGACCCCCCGCCGUCGCGACAAAUCCUCCACCGACCAGAUCGAUGGCGGCAGAGACCCCGAAGCCUUCACCUCGGUCGGCAGUACCGAAAGAGGGGACUUUGCAGAGGAGCGAAUCCAGAUUCUCGGUCUACACACGUGCAACCCCGUCGUGUCGUACUACAACCAAAUCUUCAGCUGCUCGUGGGCCGACCAGAUCGGGACCGAACUGGUCUUCGCCAACCCCGACACAGACCCAGACAUGAACAAUCACCCCACAGAGCCGUUGCACCGGGGGCCCUCCUACGAGCUAAUCGCCGCCAACAGCGCCAAGAUCCUCGGUCGCAAAGCCACCCUCAUCCCAUCGGGAUCGGACCCAAACCUAAACGCGGCCUCUCAGGGUUCCACGUCCCAAGGCGUGCCCCGACGAGCCGCCCCGACGCACCAGGUGCACUUUAUCCAACGUCUGCAGCAGAUCAAGUCGACCAAGGGAGAUUCGGAUACCGUCCGCACGGUCCUGAGUACCCGGCGCAACGUGAACAUUGGUGACCGGGUGAGUGGCUGGGCUCGCACCGAAGCACAGAUGGCCGAGAUUGAGCGACUCAACCAACGUGCCCUCCAAGGGGAUCCGGAGGCGCAGGCGACGUUGGAGCAGUUGAUCCAAGAGCUGAAUGCACCUGACAGUUCUGAAUCGGAUCAGUCUAGUGACGAGAGCUCUGCAUCCUGA